AUGUCAAAAAACACUAUCCAUAUCCGUUGUGCAGUAUCGAUGUCAUCUUUAGCACGUUUAAAUCAUACUGGCACAACCAACAUGUCUACAGCAACAUCAGAUUAUUAUAUAGCUCCUCCAUCGUUGAAUAUUUUAUCUGAUCAAUCAUGUUCUUUUUGUUCUCGUCCGCUCUAUUCAUUUGAACAAGUUCUCAUAUGUAAUUUAUGUCAUUCUGCGUAUCAUUGGCGAUGUGUUAAACCGGAUCUAUCCUAUUAUGGUGAUGAUGAAAUAUUUACUUGUCAGGAUUGUACGGUAAAAGAUGCAGGAAGAACAUCAAUCACAUACAAAUCUAGUCAUAAUACCACCACCAACGCUCUAAGAAAACAACACGAUGAUCAACGUUAUUCAUCCCCACGAACAACAUUAGGUACGGGUAUUAAAAUAAAAUCACCAGAAUCAGAUACAGAUUAUAAGGAAUUUGUUGGUGCACCAAAUAAUAAAAAAGCAUCAGCGGCAAAUUCGGUAACUGAUGCAGUGAAAUAUUUUGAAGAAAAACAAUUAAACGUAUAUGAACCUCAACAAAAACAACAGCACCGAAGUUAUGAUGAUUUAAGUAAAAAAUAUAAUCAUUAUCAUGAACAACAACCGUACAGUAAUGGCUAUUCAUAUUCAUCAUCGGAAAAAAAUACAUCGAUUGAAAAUUUGGCAAAAAAUGUUGCACAAUCAAGUAUAUUAGAAAGUUAUACGCAAUUGAGAAAUAAUUCGCAUAAUGAUGAUGAAAUACCACAAUAUCGAACAAUAACAAAUGAAUCGGAAAUGUAUAAUGGAAAGGGUAAGAAUUAUACCGAUGGUGUCGACGGCUUAAACGUUCAAAAGCAUAGACCACUAUACGAUGACUACGACGACGAGGUUGAUAAUGAAAAUUAUUCAAGAAGAAGAGAUCUAUACAAUUUCGAAAAAGAAAACGAUGAAGCCGCCACAUUUCGAGCAAAAUAUCAGUAUACACCAUUACAAGAUUAUGCUAAAAAUUUAGAUGAAGAUACAAAUAUUGAAUCAUCCGCUCUAGCGGCAAUGGCUGGUGCUGCGCAUAGUCUAUCAUCCACCACAAAUGAGACUGCAGUUCGAUAUCCUACAUAUAAUUCCAGUAGUCAUGAAUAUAAUCCAGUUAUGACUAGAUUAGUUGAUUUACCCGUGCUUCCAAGUACGUCAUCCGUUGAUAAAAUAUCGAAACAUAAUCAACCACAAAUUUAUGUAAGCGCAACAAAUGUUAGUUUGAACGGAACAAAUGAUCAAAAUCGAAUUGAAAAUAUAAGAUCGAUGCCCAUCUCAAAAUAUGACACUAAUAGUAGUUAUCAUCGUCAACAAAAUAUUAAUAGUAAUUCAAACACUGGAUUGUCAUCAUUAGUCCGAAGCACACAAAAUAUUAAUAGUAAUUCAAACACUGCAUUAUCAGCAUUAGUCCGAAGCACACCGUUAGUAGGUGGUGGUGAUCAAGCCUCAUCAAUUGUUGAUAGUGAUAGUGCCUUAGGUACAAUAGUAAGUGUUAAUGGAAAUGGAGAUCAGGGUGUUAUGGAAAGAAAAUUAUCGGAUAUGCUAUCAAAAUUAGGUAAACAAUUGGAAACUGAAUCACAACUUGUAAAUGCAAAAUUAGAACAAAAAUUGAAAAAUUUAGAAGAAAUGAUUAAUCAACAAACAUACAUAAUUCGUCGACAAGAUGAAGUUAUUGAACGUUUAAAAACAAAAAUAUCAAGAAUUGAAACGGAACGUGAUAGUUUUAGAGAUAAAUUAAAUGAACGAGAUGGUUAUGGUAGUGCAGACCGAGGACAACAUGAUAAAUCAAGUAAUGAUAGUAUUUCGAUAACAACGGAAUCACAAAAAACUUCACCAUUUUAUGACAGAGACUUAAGAAAUAAACUGCAAGAUCCAAAAUCUGUUGAAAACGAUUACCAAACAAUCGACCAUCGAUUAGGAAUAUCAUCAGUAGAUAAUUUUGGAUCAUCUGUCUACGAUAAAAAAUCAACAGUAGCCGAUACUCAGCAUGGUCGAUUAUCAGCGAAAAAACCCGCACCUGUAGCCACUAAACAAGAAUGGUUAACAAGAAACGAAUCAUCUGAAAAGUUGCAUAAUGGAAGUGAGGAGCAAAUUGGAUCAGUUAAAGUUCAAAAACAAAAACCAGAACAGCGUUUAAAAAACUUAAUUACUCAUGACAACGAUUCACUCUCAAGUCACACUAAAGACAAUUGGCAAAGUUCUGAAAAAUCAGAAUAUAAUAGGGCCGUUAUUCACGAAAAACCAGACAAUCGAGAACCGAUAUCCGUUCAACAAGUUCUAACUAGCAUUCAUCAUGCAGACUCAACCGGUCCACAUCAAGAUGAAUCACGUCGAUCACGACAAAACACUGAAUCAUCGACGACAAGUGAAGUGGUCAACAUUCAAUCUAAAAAUGAUCGAUUAAAUCAACGAACGUCGAAUUUGAGACGAAGUUUCGACAGUAUACCUCAACAACAACAACUGGCAAAAAUAGAUAAAUAUCAAGAGAAAACACGAUCACUUGAGUUUGGUACACGACCAAUGAUGAAUGAUGAAUCCAUCUAUGUUCGUGUAGAUCAGCAACCAGCGUCAAGAUAUUCCCAUGCAUUGCAAGGGUAUUUACAACGAAAAAAUUUAGAUUCCUUCUUUAAACGCACUGAGCGAUAUUAUUGUGUAUUAAGUAAUGAAGUAUUACUUUUAUAUAAAAGGGAAACGGACAGAGCACAACAUAAAGCACUAAUGUUAAGAGGUGCAAGAGCCACACCCUUUGAUGAUCCAAAAUAUAUCCAUGCAUUCGAAUUAACAUGGACAAAUAUGGAAAAACCAAAACGUUAUCAUUUUUAUGCACAAAAAGCAGAAGACGUUACCAAAUGGUGUGAACAAAUUAAUGAAGUUGCGGGCAAAGUACUGCCAAUCCAUCGUUGA